UUUAUUAAAAAAAAAAAAAAACGAAGAAAAAGGAAUAUCUAUAAUGGAGUAAGUUCACCAAAAUUAUUUAUUGUGCCCGAAAAUUGUUUUGAUCUGUCCGACUAAUAAAUAUUGAAAUAUUACCAAAUAAAUACUCUUGAUAAUGAUCGUAUAGAUGGAAGCGGUUGUAGAGCAUAAUAAAUAAUUUUGGUGAAACCACUUCAUAAUAUUUCUCUUUUUUUAUUGAAUAAACAUUUUAUUGCGUAAAUUGAAUUACACCCCGCAAUUAUUCAAUAUUUAAAUCUUCCACAUUUUUCACUACAGUGAUGCAAACUAACGACUUCAAAUUCAGAUAAGUAUUAGAAAAUGGAAUCGAAAGAUGAGAAAAAGAUAAAAACAAAAAUUUUUUGUACUUAUUCAGUAAAGCCAGUGGAAUAUACAUUACUUUAGUUUUGGCUAAAUUACAAAUUUUGAAAAUAUCAAAAUUGGUUUUAGUGAAAGACAUUUACCGCCGUGUAUCUUCGAAAUAAAGCAGCUUUCGCAUUAACUUAUUUAUUAAAGGAUAAACUAUUCUUAUUGUUAGUAUAACGCGGGAAAUAGCCUGUGGAAGUUUUGCCUUAUGUUUAAUAAACAACUUAAGGCAAACAAGGCAAAUAUCUUUUAGGGAAAGUGGAAAAUAGAAGUGAAUGAUAUCACUAAAGUGUUCACCGUAAAAGAAUACAAUUUACCGCGAUUUAAAGUUUUCUUGGAAAAUCCUAGGAAAAUUUAUUCGGACUCCCAAAGCAAUCGGUUUCUUGUAUGUGCCAAAUACACAUAUGGUAGAAAUGUGAAGGGUUCUGUGUUCAUAAAAAUUAGCUUCAAAUAUUUUAACAGAGAGGCGAUUACUCAAGUUAAAGGGCUAGAAGAUGACGGAUGCGCAACUUUUGUUUAUACCAAUAAUGAAUUGCAUCUUCACGAACAAGUGCAUUCUCAUCUAACAAUAACUUCAGUAGUGACAGAACAUGGCACAAAUCGUGCCGAAACUUCAAUGUCAAAAAGCCACAUAGUCAACGAAGCUUAUAAAAUGAAAUUUUCCGACGAUAUUUUAUUUUUCCAUCCGGGCUUCUCAUAUAAGGGUAGGCUUAGCGCCACAAAUGUAUUAAUUGAUUUGAGAGGCGAAGUUGUAGAAAUUUGCUACACUGUAGCGGUAAAUUACGUUUGGAAUAUACAAAAUAUUAAAGAGUGUUCAAACUUCACAUUUGAUGACGACAAUGGUAUCGACUUUUCAUUACCUCCGUUAAAGGAUAAUGUAAUAAAAGUGGACCUACAAGCAGUUUCUUUAAAUCAAACUAUCAAAGAAGAAUGGCCUACGCGAAUUGGCCAGUCAUUCCCUGAUAGAUAUAAUACAAAAGUGACUGCAUCGGCCUCAAUUAGUAGAUGGUAUUCGCCAAGUAGAAGUUACAUUCAUUUGGAACCUAUGCAAAAAACUCAUUUACAGUGCCAAUCAGUGCAAGAAUAUAUCGUUCAGUAUUCGUCAAAUUUAAUUGAUUCUGGGGAAACAGUUUACUUUCAUUACAUUAUUAAAUCAAGGAGUAAAAUAUUUCAAUCAGGCAGAUUGAUUCAUCGAUCUACUAAGCAUCAUCCGAUAUUGAUUACCGAAUUGAAUAACGCUGUUGGUUCUAAUCAUUCUUUUGUUAAAAACAAUAAUUUUGUGGAUAAGUUCAGUUUCAAACUUAGUUUGGGAAACGAAGUGUACUCAAAGGCAAGACUGUUGUUGUACUUCGUCUUGAAAACAGCCGAAACUGUAGCGUCUUCAGUUGAUGUUAAUAUAGAGAAAUGUCUGCCGAACGAAGUGAAUGCUAAAUGGUCAGAAAAAGGAUUUCGGCCAGGAGAUGAAGCUAAACUUACCAUAAAAACAUCGGCAGAUUCAAUUUGUGCAGUAUCGGCCAUGGAUAAAUCGUCAAUUGCAUUGAGUAACUCAAAACCUCUGACUGUGGCUAGCAUUUUGAAACCGUUUAUUGAAGAAAAAGAAACAAAGCAGACAAGUAUUCUUAACUGCGUUCCUAGACAUGUUAGAAAACCUUUAGGCAUUGAAAAAACUAAUAAUAAUUCUAAUCCGAUUGCUAGGAGAAGGCGUUCUCCAAGUAGAACUUAUUUCUCUAGUCAGUACGAUAGUUUUGAAGCAUUUGAUGUUAUUGGAGUUGGAUUUAUUACUAAUUUAAAUAUUCUUACGAAACAAUGCGAAGAAGGUAAUAAGUUAGUUAACCACAAUCCCCCGUCGCCGUUAAAUUCGACUCAUUCAAAAGUUAAUUCGUUAGAGAUGAGAGGUUAUCAUUACAAUGUCGAUGAUUCAGAUGAAGAAAUAGUCAAAAGAUCUUUAUUUCCUGAAACCUGGUUAUGGGAUUUAGUACCUCUAGAUGGUAACGAGCAAUUGCAAAUUGCACGACCAUUACCCCAUUCCAUUACUAACUGGAUCACUAAUGUUUUGUGUGUGUCUCCAACAAAGGGAGUCGGUGUUAGCCCUAAUUUAGAAAUCUCCGUUUUCCAACCAUUCUUUCUUGAUGUUUUGGCACCUCGUACCAUAAAACGUAACGAAAUUGUUCACCUGCAAACGAUUAUUUUCAACUAUCUAAAUUACAGUAUACCUUUGAGAAUAAGUUUGGGAAAUACAAGUAACGUUGACUCAAUCGGAUAUCCCGACGAUCGUGCAGUAACUCACUGCGUUCAUCCGAAUGAUAGCAAAGUUGUCAUAUUUCGCAUCAAAUCUCCAUAUUUGGGGCAAAUAAAUAUUAGCAUAUUAGCGGAAGUUGACUCAUCUUAUCCCGGAGAAUGUGGACCUGAUAUUAUUAUUAACAAAAGGGACGAAGUGGUAAAGUCAAUUAUUGUCGAACCCGAAGGUCAUACCGUGGAAAAAACUGGCUCUAUACUACUCUGUGGUGGAGAUAAUGUGCUUCCCAAUAAUGUAAGCUGGACUUUAAGUGUACCAAAUGAUAUCAUUCGGGAUUCGGAUAAAGCUAUUGUUACAAUUGAUGCCGAUCUUAUGGGGCCUACAAUAAGGAAUAUAGAAAAAUUGAUAAAUGUGCCUUCCGGGUGCGGCGAACAACUAGUCGCCGCCAUUGCUCCAAACCUAUAUAUUUUGAGAUAUCUAAACGCCACUGGAAAACUACUUGGUCCUACAAGACAAAGAAUUAUAAGAAAUUUAAAAAUUGGAUAUCAGCGAAUUUUAAAUUACGUCCAUACGGAUGGUUCAUUUUCUGCAUUUGGUUAUCACGAUGCAGUCGGAUCGACAUUUCUUACUUCUUUUGUUGUUAGAACAUUAGUGCAACUUAAGCAACAUAUUUAUGUCGAUCAAAGUAUCAUAGAUAAAGCGGUGGAGUGGAUAUUAAUGAAUCAAUUAGAAAAUGGUUGUUUUAAUGCCGUCUCACACGUGUUUCAUGAUAUGGGUGGCACAAGCAACGAAAAUAGUACCGCAGCUCUCACAUCUUAUGUUAUCAUAAGUAUUUUAGAGUCGGGUAUUGAAUUGAAAGAAAAAGUACGUAAUGAUGCUCAGUUCUGUAUCAGAGGACAUCAUUCUCCUGAUAAAUACACUCUGGCUAUUAGUAGUUACGCAUUGAGUCUCAUUGGAUGGCAGAGCGAAGCCACGAGGGCUUUGCGGAGGCUGUUGGAAAUUGCCAUUGUGGAGGAUAAUUUAAUGUGGUGGAGUUCACCAGAAUCAAUUUCAACUAACAUAGAAAUGACAGGUUACGCCUUAAUGACUUUGCUGCAUCAUGGUGGUACUGAAAACUUAAUUCAUGCCCAUUCCGUGGUACGGUGGCUUAUAACUCAGAGACAAUCCCACGGUGGUUUCACAACAUCUCAAGAUACAGCUGUUGCCUUGGAUGCUAUUUCUCGUUAUAUGGUCCUCGUAAAAGGUAAAUCUGCAAACUUGUCAGUACAUGUGGCCACCAACGAACGAGAACAUACCAUGCCAAUAACUCAUAGAGACAAAUUAAAAACAAAACAAAUAUCCGUAUCUCGACUUCCGAAUGUGAUUAAGGUUAUUGUUAAUGGCCAGGGAUGUGUCUUGGCAACUAAUGUGGUGUAUUAUAAUUUGGAGCAUAUGAUGAACAGCGAAGCGUUUAAAUUGGCAGUUGAUGUUGAAUCAGUUUCAUCGACUGAUAAAUGUUCAAUAGCGAUGGUAUCUCCAUGUUUAGCAUACAAAAUGCCGGAUAUAAAGUCGAAUAUGGCUGUUUUAGAAAUUAAAAUGCCGACUGGUUAUGAACCCGAUAGGGGAUCGUUGUAUAAGUUACAAGAAAGUAACUCAAAAGUGAAAAGGUUUGAAGAAAGUGAAAAUCAAGUUGUUUUGUACUUUACCCAACUGAGUCAUGAUCCAAUAUGUGUACCAUUUACAAUCAAUGAAAAUGCUGUAGUUGACAGUAGGGUUGAUGCCAUCGCAAAGCUUUAUGAUUAUUACAAACCUGAACUACAAAUAGCCAUUGUAAGAACAUUUUUUUUUUAUUGAUGUCAAUAAUACAAUAAUAUUAUCU